CCGCGUUAGGCGGGGUAAUACUGUAUAAACAUCAUGUAUUUUGCACGAGAUAAAAAUUAAUCACUCCAUCUUUACCAGGUUGGAGGUAACACUGUGUGGGAGACGAUGGCUGCUACUGUGCCAGGCCUGAAUAGGUCCUGGCAAAGCCUUAAACAACAUUAUAGGAAGUACACAGUCAAUCACCUCCAAGAUUUUCAACUGACUGAUAAAGAAUUAGCAAUGUUUAGAACCUCAGGAGCUAGUGAAAGAAGAAAUGGGAAGCACUUCACAAGAAUGAUAAAAUCAAACACUAAGAGAGAUGAAGAGACUUCUUCAAAUGAUUUUAAGGAAGAUAACUCAAGUGAACCUGACUCUCAGAAGCGAAAAUCAGCAAAUGAAAGGAAGAGGCAAAAACACACUGACGAAGAAUUUGAAAGUCAUAAUGAGGAAAAAAUUAAAAGGAAAAGUAAAGAGGGAGAGACACGGUCUAGGGACAAUUACUGUAAGCCAUCUAGAACUGAUCAUAUCCAAUCACCACAAGUAAACCUAAGAAGAUAUGUGGCAAAGAGAAAGUUGUUUAAGUUUGGUGAAGUGGCAAAACUUACUCCACAAGCUCCCUUCGUUAGCAAUGGUGUUGGUAGUGCCAUCAUACAACGUAAAUUCUUGAGUAGAGGAAUCUAUUCAAGUUCUAAAGAGGAACAACAGAAAUGCACUUCAGAUGAGGCUAGUGCAAGGAGCCCUCAUAGACCACAACAACAGAGCCCUCAUAGACCACAACAACAGAGCCCUCAUAGACCACAACAACAGAGCCCUCAUAGACCACAAGAACAGAGCCCUCAUAGACCACAACAACAGAGCCCUCAUAGACCACAACAACAGAGCCCUCAUAGACCACAACAACAGAGCCCUCGUAGACCACAACAACAGAGCCCUCGUAGACCACAAGAACAGAGCCCUCGUAGACCACAAGAACAGAGCCCUCAUAGACCACAAGAACAGAGCCCUCAUAGACCACAAGAACAGAGCCCUCAUAGACCACAAGAACAGAGCCCUCAUAGACCACAAGAACAGAGCACUCAUAGACCACAAGAACAGAGUCUUCAUAGUCCACAAGAACAAUCAUUACUUGGAGCAGAGAUAUCCCUAGAAGAGGAAAAUUUACAUCAUAACUCUGGAGAAAAUAUUGAUGUAACUGUUAUUGAAAGGUCACACAUGAGUGAUGGGGAAGGAAGUGGUGUGGUUUAUUCUAAAAAUCAGCCAGUAGCCAACAAGAGCCUCUCAGAUUUAGAAGAUGAUAUUUCUAGUGCAAAAACUAAUGACAGAUCCAUGUCUCCGGUCGCUGUAACUCCCAGGCGAGAUGUGCAGGAUAGAAUACCCUAUUUGAAACCUGUCAAAUAUUUAGGCAUUAGGAAUUUUCUAGAGGGAAGUGGAGACUCAUUGUGUAGUAAUUCACCUGCUAGUGAUAAUGAAGGUGAAUCUCCAAGUCCUGAAAUGCAGCUUGAAGGAUGUUCAGUGUUAUUACAGAGGCUUCCCAGGAGUAAACUUAGAAGGACAGUUGUACAUAAAAACAAGAUGAAAGCUCUGUAUUGAACAGUGAACAAUUACUUUAAGUUAAUGGAUAUCUGUAAUUCAUAGACUGUAAUGAUUAUAUUGGGAAAGAAUUUAACUUUCUUUUCAUAUGAGUUUUUAUUAUAGUUAUUAGCCUUUAGGUUUAUUGUCAUUUCGUUGUAUGCAAAGAUCUUAAUCAUAGUGCUUAAUACAGACCUUUCCUUGUGUUGGACAAAUAAAUAUUACCAGUUUUAACCAACAACAACUCUCAUAACAAGUCUUUAAUGUUAGGACUGUCACCUCUAUUUACUCAUGCUGAAAGUCUUUACCUGCCUUCUCACUGUAUAAGCUGCCAUUCUGUUUAAAAAUCAAUUACCGGUAUAAAUACAGUACUGUAUCAUGAUAAAAGCUCCUCUGAUUCGACAACAGGAAUACACCAAUUAUCACAAAGGAUGAGUUCCUGAAAGUCAUUGCCUAUGAUGAAUUUGUAUAGUUUGGGACAUUUUUCUCCACAAGAAUCAAUUGGGGGGGGGGGGGUCAUUGUUGAGGUCAGACAACAAUAUAGUGUCUACUUCUCCAUGACGUUACCAAUCUGCUUCUGACCGAUGAUUUUAUUUGACACUUCUUUGUUGAUUUUAGUGUUUUCUUUUAUCCUUCAUUACUUCAGCUUUCGUAAUAUCAGUGUACAUACAGUAGGUUUUAAUCAAAUUUGUAUAACUAUUGAAUGAGGAAAUAAACAGUUUUGGAACA